AAUUCAAGGCUUGAUUAUUUCAUCUAAUAGAAAUAUUCGAUAAAAUACGUAUCGUGCACAAACAAGUCAGCUAUUGUGUGUAUUGGAAAGAUAACGGCCGAAUAAUUGUUGGAAAAAAAUAUGAGUUACAACUAUGUUUCCUUGGAGGGAAACUGGAAGGGAAAAAAUGAUUGAGAAGAGAAUAUAUCGAUUCACCGCUCAUUCUUAGUACAAUCGAGUACGCAUUUGAAUCAAGUGUUAGUCCUCCUAAAACGUUGGCAAUCCCUUACCUAAAUUUUCUCUCGACUCGACCUACUUCAUUGAUUUAUACAAAGUAUCAAGAACCAACGUAUUUGCGAAAAAAAAAGAAAGAAAAACUACAGUAAUACGUGUGCAUUGUAAGGGAGCGUUUUGAGGUUGGGAAGCCGUGAUUCGUACAGUCGGAGCACGUAAAAACAAACAAGUCGGGCCGGCUCAUUAAUAGGCAAAUUCUUCUGCACUCGGUGUAACAGUCGGAAUUCCGAGAAAGUUCCUCUAUCCUUCUCUCUCUCUCUCUCUCUCUCUCGCUCCUUACCCACUGUCCUCCCUUCCGUCCACGUACUCGCAUCCUCUUUCUCUUUUAUUCUUCAUCUUUUUCUGUGUCGAUCUAAUCCCAUCAUUAGUUGCAUUGCCGCUAUGGCCGUUCCCCUCCAGUUCUGCUACCGAGUAGGCGCGGGUUUUAUUCGAAGCUCACCUCGACUUCAUUUCACACGGGGCUUUAUAGCUGUAAGUUCGUCCUCCACCUCACAAAAUUCUCGUUCUUCGAAUUGUGAUUUACAGCCGGCUACAGUUACUUCAUUUGAUCUCCGACAUUUCAGCGUUUCGUCUGCGAGCAUGGCAAAGAUAAAGGUUGGACCAGUUGUCGAUAUUCUUGGAGAUGAGAUGACUCGUAUUAUUUGGGAUUGCAUAAAGGAGAAGUUAUUGUUCCCGUAUUUGGAUAUCGAAUUACAUACAUUCGAUCUUGGAAUAGAAAACAGAGAUGCUACUGAUGAUAAAGUAACCGUUGACUGUGCAGAAGCUAUAAAAAAGUACAACGUCGGUAUUAAGUGCGCUACUAUAACUCCAGAUGAAAAUAGGGUAGAAGAAUACAAAUUAAAAAAAAUGUGGAAGAGUCCGAAUGGAACGAUUAGAAAUAUUUUAGGUGGUACGGUUUUCCGAGAAGCGAUUAUUUGCAAGAAUGUACCACGAUUAGUGCCCAAUUGGAAAAAGCCAAUUAUUAUCGGAAGGCAUGCUCACGCGGAUCAAUAUAAAGCAGUUGAUUUUUUAGUUCCUGGACCCGGAAAACUUGAGAUCAGUUGGACAAGCCCAUCGGGAGAGAAGAUUCAGCAUACUGUGAACGAAUUUAAAUCUGCUGGUAUUGCUCAGGCGCAGUAUAACACGGAUGAAAGUAUUCAAGCCUUUGCUCACAGCUGCUUUCAAUAUGCCCUGUCUCGAAACUAUCCAUUGUAUCUCUCCACAAAAAAUACAAUUCUUAAAAAGUACGAUGGACGAUUCAAAAAUAUAUUUCAAGAAAUAUAUGAGGCCGAAUACAAAUCAAAGUAUGAAGCAGCAAAGCUUUGGUACGAGCACCGUCUUAUCGAUGACAUGGUAGCCUAUUCGAUCAAAUCGGAUGGUGGUUAUGUCUGGGCUUGCAAGAACUAUGACGGCGACGUCCAGUCUGAUACGGUGGCUCAAGGAUAUGGCUCUCUGGGUCUGAUGACAUCCGUUCUUAUUUGUCCAGAUGGCCGUACUGUUGAGGCUGAAGCAGCACACGGUACCGUAACAAGACAUUAUCGAUUGUAUCAAGAGGGCAAGGAAACUUCAACGAACCCUAUCGCAUCAAUAUUUGCCUGGACGCAAGGUCUCUUACAUCGUGCCAAACUCGACAAUAAUGAAGAGUUAAGGAAUUUUUCGCGAAAACUGGAAAAAGUUUGCAUCAGCACUAUCGAAUCCGGUUUUAUGACGAAGGAUCUUGCUCUUUGUAUUAAGUCUGCUAAGGAUCUCAGUCGAUCUGAUUAUCUAAAUACAUUUGAAUUUUUAGACAAGUUGGCUGAGAAUCUGGGUAAAGCUUGAUGGAAAAAAAAAAUUAUAUAAAUAAA